AUGGCACACUUUACUGGUCUCACUGGGUGUGUUUAUUUUUAAUGAUUCGUCAGAGUUGAAGGAAAAUGAAAGUGAAAGUUAACAAACCAGGAGUGCUACGGUUUUGCCACAGCAUUUGCGUCUCAGAUUAAGUUGUUAGUAGAAUGGAUUUCUUUGAGCGUCCAUUAUUUCUCAAAGAAAAUGGCUUGGAAGAGAGAACAGGAGGAUCAGAGGAGACUGCCAGAAAUACUAAUGCAAAUCUGGUUAGGAUGUUACUCCAAAGACAGAAAGAAAGAUCUGCUACAUCCCCCAACAAAACAGAAGAAAGGAAAAUAGUUUCAUCACAGCAAUCAAACACGCUCUAUCAAACCAGGCCACUUGACCAGCUUAACCCCACAGAGCAGUCUGGAUCCAGCUGGCCAGUUCAGGAAGCACCUGGAGAAAAGCGUCCUCAUUUCCCAGUGACACGACUCCUCCAAGGAAAAACGAAUGGAGAUGCUUUGAAACCUCCUGAAAAUACUGUGGCAUCAUGGAGUUUAAAAUUCGGUGGAUCACAUAGAAGCAUUAUUGGAGUGGAGAAACAGUCGAAACUGUUCAAUACUUCAAAGCCGGCGCAUUACCAAGCUGGUGAACUCAGAAGAGGGAAUGGAAAUGUUUUCCAAGAAAACUUGAGAGUGGAGGCAAAUCGUAGUAAACUCAGCAAAGAAAGCAAUAAAAUGACCGUUAAGCUCCCCAAAGAUUUAAUAACCUUCAUAAAAUCAAGCGGUGUCAUAUUCAUGUACCAGAUCUACUUCAGAAACUUUAAAUGUCCCGUUUCUGUAGAGCUGGGUUCAGACUUGGUUCUGUCCAGCGAAUCCUCUUAUGCCCCACAAGAAGCCCUGGCAGUGGUGAUGAAAGAUCUGAGUGUGGAGACCGUUAAGCUGUGGGGGGCCGCAGCGGUGCCUCCAGACCUCGACAGAGUGAAAGAAACCCUGAUUAAUGCCCAGAACGAGGCCAACCGAGACGGGCUUCGAGCAAAUGUCAGGUUCUUCCCGGGCCUGGAAGGAAACACCGUGACCAAGGUGCGACUGGUGGGCUUCAGUGACACUGUGAACAAGCUCAAUGAGGUCCUUCAGGACCACCUGAUGAACUGGCUCACAACGGAAGAACCACUGAGGCUUCCACAUGUGGAACUGGUGGACUGUUUUGAUAAAUUCAUGGCUCUCGUUGGCAUGACUCAAAGCCAGGUGACCUUGAAAGUCUCGCAUCUUCCAGGUCCUCACGUGCUUGUGUCCGGCCCUCGCUGCAAAGUUCAAGAGUUCAAACAGACGCUAGUCUCAGCUUUGGCCUGUGUGACAUCAGACACUCUGGUUCUGGAUGGACCAGGAGCUCAGCGUUACUUCCAGGCAGAAGGCAAAGUGAGCAAAGAGCUGACAGAGAGCUCCUGUAAGGUCUUCAUCACGGUGAAGAAAGGCGUGCAGCACUCGAAGGUCGUCAGCACCUCUUCUCCCAGAAGCCAGCACCAAACAGAUCCGGGAAUUUCCAAAGUCCAUCGGCUGAUGACACAGGGAUACCGUGACCUGUACUGGAACCCGAACCUGUACGCCAGACUCAAACUGAGUCAACACCAAGGAAACCAAGCCAUCUUGGACUCGGUCUCCACUGAUCUCCAGGAGGUCAGCGUGAACCUGACACAUGGCGUUAAACUACAGCUGGUGUUGGGCAGCAUCACUGAUGAGACGACAGACGUUGUGGUGAACUCCACUAACUUCAGGGAUUUUCAUGGCGGCGUCUGCAACGCCAUCUUGUCUGUGGCUGGACGUCAUCUGGAGGCUUCACUGAAAUCAGCGCAAGUGAAACGGGGAGCAGUUUUCAUAACCCCACCUGGAUCGUUUCCUUGUAAAUCCAUUUUUCACGUGCACGGACGAAAAAAGACCCACGUCAUUGAGCAGCUGGUGCGCGGCAUCAUUCAACAGUGUGAAUCCCGCCAAUACAAGUCUGUGGCUAUCCCUGCCAUCUGUGCUGGAGCUGCUGGGCUGGACUCUCAGGCUGUAGCACAGUCAAUCCUCCAAGCGAUCAAGACCUCCACCUCAUCCGCUCCCCUCCGCCAUCUCUCCAAUAUCCGUCUGGUCCUGAUUGAGGCCAGACUGUUCCUGACCUUCAAACAGCAACUGGUGCAAAUGUUUCCUCUCGACGUGAUGAAUUCAGAGUCAUUUCUUCAGCAUAGAGAUGCACAGAGAAAGCAACCCCCUGACUUCAUUCCAGGCCUCCUUUCUAGCAGUUUCACUGGAGAGCAGUCCAUCUUCCUCUUCCUGGGUCUUUGCAGAAAGGAUGUUGACGAUGCCAUGAAUAAAGUGAAAGACCUCUAUCAGGCUCACUGCUCUACAAAAACCUUCCCCAAGAAGGACCUGGAGUACCUGACCGAGGCGGAUGUGACGGCUCUGCAGGAGCUGUUGAAGACCGAGGCUCUCCAUGUUCAGGAGGAUGGUCAGGGCGGUUUGACGGUGAGCGGGUUAAAAGUUGGAGUCAAUAAGGUGGUGCAGAUGCUUGAAACCACCAUUCCUCUUCGGAGAGAAAUGAAAUUAAAGGAGGAGGAAAAUUUCUACGCUCUCGUGGCUUGGUGCAUCUUGGACCUUUACGGCCAAUGGGAGGAACUCCCGAAAGCGGCACGCUAUGCCCUGGAAAGGGGAGACGUUGCAAAAGGCAUCGUGGACAAACAGGGACAGCAGUGGAGCGUUAAUCUGCAGAGGAUGGAGGCCACAAGAAAUGGAAGAACAACAAUGCUGAAACGACUGGAGAAUCGGGCAGACUUCAUACUUCCUUUGUAUUGGGACAACAUGAGCACGGGGGAAAACCUGAAAGUGGUGCAACUGCAGCCAAGUUCAACAGAGUACCGCACCGUACAUGAUUCCUUCAAACGAACUGCCAACAAUACUGUGACGAAGAUUGAGCGCCUGCAGAACAUUCACCUGCGCCGCACCUAUGAAGUGCAAAAACAGUACGUUUCUGAAAAGAACAAAGGACAAGGAACCAUAGAGAGGAGGUUGUUCCACGGGACAAGUCAGAAAACCUGUGACUCCAUCAUGAAUAAUGGUUUCAACAUGAGCUUCUCCGGAAAAAAUGGUACUUCCUACGGUCAGGGAACCUACUUCGCUGUGAAUGCCAGUUACUCAGUUUCCUAUGCAAGGCAAGGAGCUGAUGGUUCUCAGACCAUGUUUCUGGCCCGGGUGCUGACGGGUUCCUACACUCAGGGACACAGCACCAUGAGAUGCCCUCCGUCUCGAAGCAGCCACGACCUUUAUGACUCUGUUGUUGACAGAACAGACAACCCCAACAUGUAUGUCGUAUUCAACGACAACCAGGCCUAUCCCGACUAUCUCAUUACUUUUUACUAGUUCCUCACAGUGGAGAAGCUGCUGCUGCAGCUGAAUAAAUCCUGAUUAAAACAUAAGAGAGAAGAGAGGCUCUGGUGGGAAAGCACACAAAAGUUUUAUAUAAAGUAACCUGCAAGAACUCAGAAGUGUCAUUUGUUAAUGGAAUGAUCUAUUUUGAAUAUUUAAAAAUGGGUUGAAAACUAUUUUACAGUAACAUUAAUAGACCUGUAUCAUGCUUUUCUGAGACUACCUAAGUUCGCCUACAGUCAAUAAUAAACUAUUUUAGCACCCCGAGCACUUGGAGUAUUUUUAUAUUAUUAAAUAUUAGUAAUUCUACAUCUUUGAUUUCAACACGGAAGUCCAAACAGCUCGACUUCACGUUACCCCGGAACCAGCAUAACAGCAUGACCAUGACGGUCAUAGAAUUUUAUACAUAGACUCAGCGCUGACAGUGAAUGGACACGCAUAUCAAGUCUAUAUUGUAGAUAUCUAUGGUGCCUACAGGUACAUGCCGCCAUCGUGUGGAAGUUGUCGGUGAAGCAGCAGUGCGUGAAGUACGCCACAAUGCUGCGCAUGCGUGCUUGGCCCUUCAUGAUUGGUUCCACCUGCUGUCUAUGUAAAUCAGUGGUAAGCCGGUUUUUAAAGCUGGGAGGAGGGUGGGUAGGCAAUAUUCAUAUAGAUUACUCAAAUAUGCACACAUGAAGAGAAAUAUGACUUAACUGAAGUUUUAUGAGGUAAUCACACAACACGUUAAAAAAUCAAACACGGUCAUACGCUGAUAUACUCAUACACUGCACUAAUGUACAGAUUAUUUUUUUUUAAUUCUGAACUGCUGUUGAUAAUUCACGUGCCAUUGAUGUGAACACUUUAGUGAAGGUAGAGGACAGAAACAUUAAGAUCCGAGCUGAGAGAUGCUGGGAAAAUGAGCUAACUUUGGAAGAACCUGGACCAUCAAAGCUGGACUGAGGGUAAAAUAUGUAGCAACAUGCACAAAAGCUGAAAAAUACCACAAAUAGAGGACUUUGUUUUAUGUUAUUUUUCCAUAUCUUGGAUCAUUGAAAAUGUCAAAAAUGUACCUAUUUUUAAUGUGGUUUGUAAAUUGUUAAAAUCAUAAUUAAAUCACUGUAAA